UUGGCGAGCUUCGCGACCUGGCGGCCUCCGCGGGACCUAUGGCGGAUUCGUCGCCCGCGCUGUCCCUGCGGGAAGGCGGCCCCCGGGCGCCCCGGCCCUCGGCCCCCUCGCCGCCGCCGCGCUCGCGCUCGGGCUCCGAGUCCGAGGAGGCCGAGCUGUCGCUGAGUCUGGCCCGCACCAAGACCCGCUCGUACGGCAGCACGGCCAGCGUGCGGGCGCCGCUGGGCGCCGGCGUCAUUGAGCGCCAUGUGGAGCACCGGGUCCGCGCCGGCGAUACGCUGCAGGGCAUCGCGCUCAAGUACGGAGUCACGAUGGAACAGAUUAAAAGGGCAAAUAAACUGUUUACCAAUGAUUGUAUAUUUCUGAAGAAAACUUUGAACAUCCCAGUUAUAUCAGAGAAGCCUUUGUUGUUUAAUGGACUUAACUCAAUAGAUUCUCCAGAAAGUGAAACUGUUGGUAGCAGUUUUUCUCAUGAAGAAGAGCCCGUGGCAGCUGGGGAAGACCUUUCUCCUCCCAGUCCUCAAGAAUCCGAUGUUCAGCCUGUACAGCCUGAAGAAGUGUCAGCUAGAGAUUUCCUGCAGAGACUAGACUUGCAGAUUAAGUUGUCAACACAGGCAGCCAAGAAACUAAAAGAAGAGAGCAGAGAUGAAGAAAGCCCCUAUGCAGCUUCCCUCUAUCACAGUUAGAUGAUUGGGGUAAUCAUCUAACCUGGAUUAAGAGAGAGCUGGAUCAUAAGGAAACCAACAACCGAAGAUUUGAAAGCGUGCAUCAUUAAAUCGCAAUUUAGUAGGUCCACCUUCUGCAGUUGCACUGACGUGAUUAUUUCCUUCUGGCUUUCUAUAAUUCUAAGUCCCUAUUACGGCAUGAGAGCAAAAUUGUAUCCUAAAGCUCAUCACUUUUGUAGGUGAUGGUAGAUUUUAGACUAGUUUUGUAAAUACUAGUUAACAUAAAGCAUCAAAGACUAUAUACAUCUUCAAGCUGAAAACAAUGUUGAUCUUCUGAGAAGUCCUAAUUAUGUGACAUACAUGGUUGCUGUUAAAGUGAUGCUGAUUUUGCUAUGUGUUUAUAACUUAAGUGCUAUAUAUUUCGAUAUGCAUUACAUAUUCUGUAUUAAUAUAAAGAACCAAAUUUUGUCUGCUAUUUUGUAAAAAUAAACUACAAAAGCCUGAUCGAGAAAAUAAACUAUGUUUUCAUA